AUGUACGACCCCGCGGUACCUAACAAUUACCGAGACGUUAAAAUAGUACAGUGGAAGCGUGCGCGUGAGGUAGAAGAAAAUGAAAAGCUUUCACGCACAUCGAUGGAAUCAAUCUUGGCAACUCCUUCGCCCUUUGACUUCCCUGGAAUGGUGCAGCCGCCCUCGCCAACACCGACAGACACGUCUUUUCCAGGCAGCAGUGAAGUACUGCCACUUCACCUCAGCGUAGAGGAGUUGCACCAACGGCGUGUACGGCAGAGCGCAGCACUCGGUAUCACAACAGCCAUCCGACUGGAACGUGACGAACUCGAGGCGGCACACAAGGUGAAAGUGGCCACGGGGAUGGAUCGCAAAGGUCGCAUAGGAUCAAAAUUGGAGAAGUUCAUGAAAAUGGCCACCUCGUCUUCCUCCAGCGGCGACGCCGCGAGCGGUAGCAAUGGAGAUGCCGAUGUUUCAUCCGGAAUGUCAUCAAUGGGCUUGCCACCCUCAUCGCUUGCCGGUAGCAGCGCUCCUCUUGUGUUUCAGCGGUCGACGUUGGCUGCUGGAGGCUACAUGGUGAAGGAGGAUACAAACGCUCAGGACGGUCGCAAGGCUCCUUCCGGGAAACCUAGUUCAACUAUCCUCAUCCGUUUUAUUCGCGACGGCCCGCCUCCCGAUUUAUUUGAGGAGGAUGCCACCGCAGGGGGGGAUAACGAAGGUGGUGCAGUUGGCAGCUUAAGGGCAGCUGGUUUGGCGUUUCUUGAGAAUGUACAGGGCCAGUGCGCACGGUAUGGUAUUGUGCGCUCUGUGCGGCCCGCUUUGCUAACGGAGGAGCAACGCACAGCCGUCCGUGCACGACUGGAACAGUGCGCAUCAACGCCCGUUGAAGUGGAGUUGCGCUUUGCGCGAGAGCUGGUCCGCGUGCUCGUGCGAUUUGACACGGUUGCGGGUGCCUUUAAGGCCAUUGAUGCACUACAGCAGAACUGUGUUAAUUGGAGUGUUUGCUUUUUCCCCACGAUACUGUUUGAUGCAGGAACCCUUGGCCCAUCUGAUGGUGAGCCUUUAUGUGGAACCUAA